GCCGUCCGCUUCAACCAGAGACGUGGCCGUCGUCCUAUAUAGGGCGUACCCAACCGCCGCCGCCAGUAAUCGCCCGUUUUAAUCCUCAGGUUGGGGGAGCAUCGCGGGUCGCAAUCCCUCUCGGCCGAUUUGGGAUUUGGGAGGCGCUCGAGUAUUCAGGUAAACCAUAGUUUGGUGACUCAUGGCUCGUACCAAGCAAACUGCUCGCAAGUCCACGGGUGGAAAGGCUCCUAGGAAACAACUAGCCACCAAGGCUGCUCGUAAGUCUGCACCCACAACUGGGGGAGUGAAGAAGCCACAUCGUUACCGCCCUGGGACUGUUGCUCUUCGUGAAAUCCGCAAGUACCAGAAGAGCACUGAGCUGCUCAUAAGGAAGCUUCCAUUCCAGAGGCUUGUUAGGGAAAUUGCCCAGGAUUUCAAGGUGAGAUUUGUUUUCAUACUGUUAUUGUGCUCAAGUAAACUAGGAGGAGCCUUUUCUCAACCUUUUCUGUUUGUGCAGACUGAUCUGCGUUUCCAGAGCCAUGCGGUCCUUGCUCUGCAGGAGGCUGCGGAGGCGUACCUGGUGGGUCUCUUUGAGGACACAAACCUGUGCGCUAUCCACGCCAAGCGCGUGACUAUCAUGCCCAAGGACAUUCAACUGGCUAGGAGGAUCCGAGGCGAGAGGGCUUAGGUUCUCUGCUUACUGGAGGUGGCUCUGGUGUUGGCUAGGAGGAUCCGUGGCGAGAGGGCUUAGGUUCUCUGCUUACUGGGGGUGGCUCUGGUGUGCAUCAGUUGAUGUUCCUGCUUUUGUGGCGCUUAACAUCGGUCGGUGUCGUGAGCACUGAGUAGUGCUAAUGUUCAUUCCUAGUGGUAUGAUGCUGGUUCUGCGCUCUUACUACGUUAUAGUAUUAAACCGUUUGCUAGUGUUGCCGUAAA